CGGUUAGGUACACUUUUAGGUGAAUUUACAUUCGUCUUUUAUUUCAAAUUACAGUGAGAAUCGGUUAAUUUGGAAUCGCUGCCGGGAAUAUGCGUACGAGAAGUUUAAGAGACGUUGCAAUAUCUCAAAAUCGCGAUAAAUUGUUACAUCACAAGAAAACCGAAGCCAAUGAAAAAACCAUCAUCGUUAUGGGUAGCAAAAGUUGUGCAAGGUAAAACAAACGUAAUACAUCAAUUCAUCGAGAAAGAAAGAGGAGCUGUGGAAUCUGCGUCUACUUUCUUAUUGGAGUACACCUACGCUAGGCAAUCCGGUAAAAGCUUGGUUAAGGAUAUUUGCCAUAUUUGGGAAUUAGGAAGCAAUAUUACGUUCGCGAAUUUACUCGAUGUUGUAGCCAAAGUGAAGUACAAUCAUCCUUUAUCUAUUGUCUUAAUGCUCGAUUUGACAUAUCCGGAGAUUAUUCUUAAUACCGUUGAUGUGUUGUUAAAAGCUGCCAAAUCAGCUCUACUUAAAUCGUUAGAAUUACAACAGAACGAAGUGAUAAAGAGAAUUGUCGUAAAUGCAGAGGAGGAAGAUAAACCGUAUUUGGAUCCGUUUCCUGUGCAAAUAGCUAUUAUUGGAGCUAAAUAUGAUUUGUUUCAAAACAUGGAACCAGCCAAGAAACGAAUCAUAUGCCAAUACUUGAGAUGUUUAGCUCAUAUUUUGCAAGCAGAUCUUUUAUUCUACAGUAAUAACGAUACUUCGUUGAUUAAGAAAACUAGAGAUAUUUUAUUGCAUUACGGAUUCAAUAUUUCUAUACCCAGCAGCUCGAUAGUUACGGAUUACAAUAAACCGUUGAGAAUACCCGCAGGCUUCGAUUCUUUCCGUAACAUUCAAGGUUCCCCUGCGGGUGCUAUUAAUUAUUCUUUGGAUAAAUAUAAGAAUAGUUUAGAAGCUCAUUUUAAUCAGAAGACUGAUAAACAAGAACGGUUACCAGAUGAUCCUGCGAGUGAUUUGAAUUUCGAGGAAGCUGCCAUUGAUAAUUUAUGUCAACAGAAAUCUGAGGAAUUGAAGUUGUUGAAGAAAAUUAUCGAAAGGAAGUGAACGAAUUUUGCGAGUGGUAAGUUUAGGUUUGUAAGAGGAUACCUAAGUACUUCUAACUACAACUUUGUUUUGGAAAUAAAUUCGUUUAAAUCAAAUUCUA